UUGGUUUUUAAGUGACUUACUUUCUCGUUACAUCCACUUCACUUCGCAUUUGGCGCUGACCCUUCUGCUUAAAUCGAAUAAAAUGGCGAUGGUUUCGAUGCCAUUCUCUGUCCCUGGCUUAAACUCUCCUAAUCUACGCCCGACUAAGCGAUACUCAGGCAUGGCUUUUGCAACUUCAAACAAGGAAGCUGUGUCUUUGGGGGUCAAAAUAACGCAAGGGGAAGGCAAUUUACCCAAGCUUGUGCUCACUUCUGAUGGUGGAAGUGAAGCUGAGGUUUAUUUAUUUGGAGGGUGCAUUACAUCUUGGAAAGUCCCAAGUGGAAGAGACCUUCUUUUUGUGCGGCCUGAUGCUGUAUUUGACAAAAAGAAGCCAAUCAGUGGAGGUAUUCCACAUUGUUUCCCACAGUUUGGACCUGGCACAAUGCAGCAGCAUGGAUUUGCAAGGAAUAUGGAUUGGUCCCUUGUGGAGUCCGAAAAUGUGGAAGGCAAUCCUAUUGUAACUCUUGAGCUAAAAGAUGGUCCUUACAGUCGUGCCAUGUGGGAUUUCAGUUUUCAGGCUAGAUAUAAGGUCAUUCUAAAUACAAAGAGCAUUUCCACCGAACUAAUAGUUACAAACACAGACAAUAAGCCAUUUUCUUUCAGCACUGCCUUGCAUACAUAUUUUCGUGCAUCUAUAACAGGGGUAUCGGUGAGAGGUUUGAAAGGUUGCAAAACACUGAAUAAAGAUCCAGAUCCUAAGAAUCCAAUUGAGGGUAGGGAGGAAAGGGAUGCCAUCACUUUUCCUGGAUUUGUAGAUUGCAUUUACCUUAAUGCUCCUGAGGAGCUGCACCUUGAUAAUGGCUUAGGUGAUGUAAUAUCAAUAAGGAAUACAAAUUGGUCAGAUACUGUUUUAUGGAACCCACAUCUGCAGAUGGAAGCAUGUUACAAAGAUUUUGUUUGCGUUGAAAAUGCAAAGAUUGGAACGGUCCAGCUAGAGCCCGAACAAGCUUGGAUAGCUAAACAACAUCUUAGCAUUGGCUGAACUGCUGAAGUACAGAUUGUACAGUGUCCAAAGUUUGAAGAAUAAGUGGACUCGCUUGUUUCAUUUUUCUAGAGGUGAAGAUUUUGGUUCCUGUUAAGCAAAAGCUUUCUUGCUAGCCAAGUUUCGAAAUAAUGUAAUUUCAAGUUUCUGUUUUAAUUAGUCAGUUGAUAAUGUGGUGCUCUUUCCCUCCUCA